CGCAGCUUCUCGAGGGAUCAAAUUUUUGAAAAAGCGAUCGACACACCUGGCCAUCCUGCACAUAGAUUUUUUUGAUUUCAGCGAGCCGACGCGUUUUUUGCAAAAGAACGCAUUCAGUCGGUAUUUCGGCACAGAAACCACAAACAUAAAGAAGAUAGUGCAACGUGACCCGCAAAGGUAACUACAUUUUCCUGUCCAGCUACAAAUUCAUUUUCCGUUCGUGCGCGCGAUAGGUUUCUCUUUCUGUAUGCAGGGGGACACGAAUCUGACGAAAGAAACUGUUAGAGCUCCAUCUGGUUCAUCCCGAGCAUGGACUUCUGAGUUUCAUGUCUGCUAGAGCGCCGAGCAAAAACAACGCGGGGAAAACCAAAAUGCAUGAUUUGUACGACCUUAUGAGCUAUUUUUUCUUGGUUUGGAACUCCAAUAACUCUCUCAACGAACCUGCUCAGAAGUCGAGCAGUUUACCCUUGACAAUCGAGUAUGAAAAUUCUUUUGCUGUUCGCUGACGGUAUGAACAGUCUCUCCGAUUAUCGAAGGUGUCGGUUCACGGUAGAUGCACCCCAUGAUGAGUAGGAAAAGAUAAAAGACGACGAUCUGAAGGAAGAACUACCGGUGGUCAACAUCUGUAUACUAAUGAUAAAUUUUUCAUCGAGGUUGAUGUCCGGCGACUAUUUCGCAAAAAGCGAUUCUCGCAAGUACUUACGAUAUGUGGAUUAAAAGCGUUUUUAUCCCAGUACUGUACUAAUCAUGGUUUUGUUGACACACGCCAACAUCAUCAGGAAAUGCAGCGACGUUCAUGGUAAGAAUCGGAUGAGGAUCAUUUGCGCAGCACAGCAGUGCGUUCACGUCUAUUUUUGCUUCGAGGUUGAUGUCUUGCAGUAGCAGUUUCUUGAUUUUUGAUUCAUGGGAGAAGGAUCCUUUGUUUCAAUCUCACAAAGAGUACUGAAGAGCACGGACGUAGCAUUAGAAACGCGCGCGAACAUCAUCAUGAGCUUAGUUGUGAUCCGGGCCACGCUCUAUUUUGCCACCUUCGUACUUACCAAGAUGUGAGCACCAGUAAGAACGCGAUGUGAAAAAUAAGUCCCACAUCACGAUAGGCGCUCGUCAUCUGUCGCAAUUCGACGAAGUUGUUUGAUAUUCGGCAGGUCAGAGAGCAAAAGAUCAAGGUGGAAAGAAGAUCCAACGCGGAGUUAAACGCGUUUGUUGCGCGAAACUUUGGCUAUGGGUGGGACGCAAAGUGUAGUGGCACCUGGUACAACGACGGGGAUCACGAGCGGCAGUACGGCGGGAGACCAGCCGUCAAUGCGUUUCGAGAAUUUUCUUAUGUACUACAACCCCCUGCAUUACAUCAUCAGUUCUUCCUCCCUGUUCAAUUCCGAUCCAUCGUCAUCUCGUGGAGGCCAACUGGAUCUGCCAAGUGCUGGCACCGCUGGGACAUUAGAAAACCAUCUAUUGCAACAGCAGAACGACAAGAACUUAAUGGCCAGUACUGGCGCUACCCCGGCGGCGGCUCUGGGAGUGGUCUCUGCGGAUCAAGAUGCGAUUCCAGGAAAAAUAGACGACCCUGCAGCUGCGGUCCUCGCAGUGGCAGCAGCCGCAUCGCAACCUUCCUGGAUCCCCAGUUAUUUGAUCUGGACGCAGAUUCUUGGCGUGGUGAUCUACGUGCUUUUUGUCACUUUCAAACUCGGGUUUCCCCGGGAGUACGUGGUAAUCCAAACGCAGGAAGUGAAACGCGAGACCAAGCGGUGGCCGGUGUGUCUCGGGCACGCGUUGGUCUUCUACCUGCUGCGCCCGGUGUGCUGCUAUCAACUGUAAAAAUGUCUGGGUCUGGAAGAUUCUGAGACUUGUCAUGCACGUGUUGCAUGAGCCAUGAUGUCUGUGAUGCAUGCCCUAGCAGCACAGAUUUUUUGAGGGCCUCUUGAUGCCUCUUCGGCAUGACAAAUGCCCUCUCCGCGUAGCAGAACUUGCGUUCCCUUUGCUGCUCAUGCAACACAGAUUUUUUUGGAAUCCCAAUGCAGCAUCACAAGCUGCAUUCUUCCAGACCCAGACAUUUUUCCAUUUGAUAGCUGCUUCUUUGGCAAGCCCGGGAUUGCCUUGUACGAAAGGUUUCUGCGGUCCUUCACCGUGCGCCAUAACAGCUGGGACGUUCCCUAUGAAACGGAAAGGAUCGAUCUUCUUCUACAAGGGCAAAUGAGAAAUGCAUGUUGUGCAUGUUGUAGCUUUGAUUCCAAUAAUUCGUACAACACGUUCCUGGAAGUAGGAUAGUAGCUGGACACAAGAUCAAGCGGGCAGCGCAUCUAUCGUUGUCCUCUUGGAGGAUGAUCAAGGUCUACAUAAAAACAGCAUUCGAAAUUUUCUUGUUUGCUCUCAAGUGGGUUAUUUUGCGAGUUGUAUACGCUCUACAAAAGCAAGCGGGCCGCGCAGCGACAGGUUUUGCUAUGGUGCCGAUUUUGGGGGGUGCAGGUAUGAAGAAUUUUUUAACGUUCUCUCGAUGAAAAGCUUGCAGCUUGCAAGUACGUUUUUUUCUCUUGGUAUUACCUACGUGACUUAGUCAGUACACGAUUACCUACGUGACUUAGUCAGUACACGUUUCGUUCUUGAACCGAAACCUUAACCUUUGUUGCCAGCGGGAGAUGAUAACGGGAUAAGUGGAAGAAAAACUACCCACAAGAACGUAAGAACCCACAACCAAACAGACGGAGCCCUGGGUGUGGGACCGGCAGCCUUCGGACUACGUGUCCAAAAACGACUUUUUUACCCGCACCUAUGCGAAGAAAUACCUGCCCCAGAUGGGCCGCGCGCAAAUCGUCAGUCCGGUGGAUGGCGUCUGCACGUGGUUCCGGUCCACGAUUGACAUGCCGAAGCAGCUGAAAAACGACGCGUUUUGGGAUUUGGCGUCCAUCGGUAUUCCCAACAGCGAACGCUACGAACGCAACCCCGCCUGCAUGCUGUAUCUGGCGCCAAACGAUUACCAUUGGUAUCUAUGAAUGUAGUCUCAAGUACUGAGAAAAGAUUUGAGUGCAAAGAACCGUAGACUGCUUGGAAUCGAUGCUUGUUCUAGGCGAAGUUUUACGAUGAUGUUUUUUUAUGAAGGAAUUGAUUUCUACUUUAGGGCACCACCAGAAAAGCGAAAAAGUAAGUAACGAUAAAAGUUCAAUAAAUCAACAAAAGUUUCCACGCCCCGGUGACCGGCAAAGUGAUUCACUGCACGAUGUUCCCGGACUUCUGGAGCGGCACCGUAAAAAGCGACAUCUGGGGCUCCGUCAACAUCCUCGCCCAACAUCGGCGCGUGGUCGUUGUGUUUGAAGUGAAAGCGCCCACCAGCGACCGGAAGAUGAAAAGAUCCACCACUUCCUCGUCCGCCACCUCGCUCCGCGCGACCCAAAGUUACCGGAGUGUCGCCUCCAGCUGGUUGCCCGAGAAACAAGGUCGUGGGGACAAAGAACAAAUAGAAAUGACGGAAAGUCGAAACUCUGCAACUGAGCAAGAACUACCGCAGGACCAGGAAAACGACCGAGCACGAACCCAAAUCGACGAGGAGGAGGCACUCACCUCCGGAUCCAGUAGUGCUAUCGACAGCGAGAUGAGCAGCGGGAACUUCACCGCGCUAUCUACGCCACAGCCCGACGUAGAAGUACUCGAUCACAUGUCCUCUUCGCCGGACGAUGGUGGUCCCGGGUUGCUGUCCUCUCCGGUGGAGUAUGCACUGCAAAAAUGUCUGGGUCUGGAAACUUGUAAUGCUGAAUUGUGAGUAGUGAAUUCUCUCUAAUGCACAGCCAAGCAUAAGAAAUAUUCGCGCGGCUUAGUGUUGCGCUUUCCGCAUGCCAAACUGUGCUGUGCAUGACAAGCAAAACGGUAAGGGUUUCUUCUUGGACACGCAUCACAAACUCUUUAGUCAUGCCAGACAAGCAUGACGAACCUCGCAUCCUUCCAGACCCAGACAUAUUUGCAUUUGAUAUUGAGGAGGAAAAUGGUUCUUCUUUGUCCGGUUCGCCUGCGCGUUCCAGCACUUCUGCUGGCCCCGGUGUUGAGCAAGAGGACUCGGUGCACCGAAGGCGACUGGGUGCGACAAGCAGCUCGUCUUUUACACCCACUAGAACGGCGGGUUCCAGUGAUGGAACUAAAAAUGCUUCCCCUGGCACUGCUGAAACAAAUCCUUCCCGAAGAAAAGAAGCAGCAGCAGCGUCGUCAGGCUUCUCUACUACGACUCCGGUCACCCCUGGCAAUGCAAACGUAGUUUCGAAUGAAGAGGACAAGAACAAUCUUGCAUCGCUGCCAGCGUUAUUUCCUGCCCGUACCAGCAGCGCAGCAUCAUUCCAGUCCACCGAUUCGGGGAUCUCUUCGACCACACGACAGCAGCAGCAGAACCAACAAGUGCCGCGGAAGAAGUACGUGGCGAUGGUGAUUGUCGGCGGGAUUACCGUGGAUAGCAUCAGGAUGGACAUCCACUGCGACAUUGACAAGAGUUCGCGGACCAAGGAAAAGCAGCAGCAAUUCGAGGCAGACGACGAUUGGCUGGAUUGCAACGCGCCAUUGCAUACGGAAAUCGCAAAAGUAUCGCUCUCGCAUGAAAAAUUGCAUCACAAAUGCUUUGUUCAGGUUGAAAAAAUGAAUUUGUAAUGCUAAUUUAGUAAGUACCUCAUCCUCAGUACGAGAGAGAUUUGUCAUGCAGUACUGCAAUUUUUACGACUAUCGGAGCGCGAAGAUACUUUUGCCCUGGACAUUGCACCACCCGAACUCCACCGCAGUUUUGGACGACAGCACGACCGAGUCCUCCUCGCAGGAGGAGGACGACCACGACGGGAGUUCCAAAAAUAGCGGCGAGAAUGUCGAAUCCAGUCUAAACAACCGGCUGAGAAGCGGUAAACCAGCGUUGACGCAGCUCCCUGCAGCAGCCAGCACGGCGUCGACGGCAAGCAUGUUGAGUGAAGAGGACGUGGAACUACAAGAAGAUCGAAAUGUGGACGAGGUCGAAAACAGCCAGACGUCGGGGAAGAAUUUGUCUGGCGGGCAGGCCGGUAGUUCUAGCAACUCCUCAAAGACCUCCACGAGCAAAAGACAGUACGUGCGGAAGGGCGACAAGAUCGGGUGUUUCGCGCGCGGUGGCAGUCUGGUUGCCAUGUUUUUCUCGCACAGUGUGCGCCUCGACCCGGCUGUCACGCAGACACGGGAAAAAUUCGGGCCUAUGGACUUCAAACUGCACUUCGGGGAAAGUCUAGGGAGCAUGCUGUUUUAGGGGUAAAAAAUAAAGUGAGGAUAUAUAAUUGAAUUUUAACCACAUGAUCAGACGGGCCAUUUAGUUGUUCUAGUUGCACAAUGAGAGAAAAUACAGGACUACUCCUACGUAGUGAUGAUGGAGAAAAUACAGUACUACUAGUCCUGAUGUGGUAGUAGAAAUUAUAGGGAGGUGCGGCUGCGAGGAGAGCAGUUUGUCCCUUCAAUGACAAUGAGGAAUUCAAUGCCCUCGAUGCGAUUAUCAUUAUUGCCGCUGCACCAGCAGCUGUUUGAUGAGUGUACAAAAGAAAUAAAACGUAGUAUACUAGUAGAUCAUGCGCUUCUCCUCUCAAAUUUAUGGAUGCUUUGAAUUGACGAAGGCGAACUCCCACGACUGGCGCAACUAGAUUCGGCUCGGCGAAUAUGAAUCAGAAUCUUCGUCAUAUUGAUUUUAAGUACAUACACCUACAUGCGAAAAAUCCGAAGCAAC